UUUAGUUUAUGGUUUUGCUUGUUGUGAAAUUGGCAUUUGGUUGGUGAUUUGCUAGAGAUUUCUAUUUUUUCGCGACAUUACAGGUUCGACACCAGGUUCCGAGUCCAUCAAUAGAAGCUAUAUUUUGUAAAAGAUUCCAACAUUGUUUCAAAGAGAGCUUACAAAUUAAAUUUUAAAUAAAAAAUGUCUCUAUUUGGAUCUUUGAUGGGCGACGUGGAGGAUGAUCCGUUUUUUGGAUCUCAUAUGAGGCACAUGCGCCAAAUGAACAACAUGAUGAAUUCGAUGUUUUCGGAUCCUUUCGGGAUGCUGGGAGGCGGCGGUCCGUUGGCGCUGACUGGUCCGCGUCACGGCAAUGCUUUGAUGCCUUUUAUGCCCCAAAUGCCUUCACUGACCAGACUCUUUUCAGGUAACAUAGAAGGGAAUAUGGGUGCUGGCAGUUCAUUUACCAGCAGCACUGUGAUCAUGUCCAGCGGACCUAAUGGAAAGCCACAGGUAUAUAGUACAACGAGCAGCACCAAAAUAGGACCCAAUGGCUUGAAGGAGACGAAGAAAACUCUACAGGAUUCUAGAACUGGCACAAAAAAGAUGUCCAUUGGGCACCACAUCGGGUCGCGCGCGCACUUGAUCGAGCGCGAACAGAACGUGUACUCGGGCGACGCCGAGGAGCGCCAGGAGUUCAUCAACCUCGACGAGGAUGAGGCUGAAGACUUUGACAGAGAGUUCCAGGCGAAGGCCGGCAUGAGUAGAGAGUGUAGAGAGUCUCGCGCGCUGCUGCCCGCGCGCCCCGCGCUGCCCGCGCCGCCGCUGCCCAGUAGAGAGGAGGCGCGGCGCUCCGCCCCCGCGCCGCGACGCCCGCUGCGCGCCGCCGGCGCCCGCCUGCCGUCCGCCGCCAGUUCCAGAUACUGGCGCCGGCGAUACUACUAUUAAAAUAUCACACGAGCGUGCGCGAAGUGUACGGCGGCUCCCACCCGCAGCGCCACCGGCACAAACAUCACAAGUCACACAGGCACAAUACCGCGGAAUAGAGGUAGACAACGGAUCUUCGAUAACUGCAAGCGUGGGAGUUCUGUGUGCGGUUAAUUAACACUAUAAGCAAAUCGAUCGAAACUUGCCAUUUUUUUUUUUCUAUAUUUUUCAAUGUAUAAAUGGUAGAAGUUAUUUUAAGUUUCCCCGUCGAGACAUACGUGGGGCGAGACAUCAGUUAAGACACGGCUUUCUUUAAAGUUUUCUUGUGAGUUCGGAUUUUUAUAUUAUCAAUGUCAUUUUCGUAUCACAUGUAAAAAAAGAUUUUCUUCCUUUAAAAUUUGUUUCUAGGGUGGGUAUAGUAUCAUGAACAUAGGUCAAUGACCUCUACCGAGAAAAAUGAAUUUCGUCUGACGUAGAAACAGACUGUAGUUAUUUCUGUAGCAGACAUUAUGGAAUAACAUUAACUACUUAAUAAAAAAACGUCCUGUAGUCGUAUAGUUUUAAUCUUUUUGUUUAUAGAUGUGUAACGUCCACAGAAUAUAACCUCCUUGGCGAAAACAAAACGCAACUGAUAGUAUAAAAGUAGUAUGUGUAAACUAAACGGAUUGGUCUAUAUAUAAAUAUUGUGUAUUAGGUUGAGAGAUAUAGAGCUUGUCUAUACCCCGUUUGUUUAUGUACUUAUAAAAUCAAUUUACGUCCAGGUCCAGGCUUAGAUUAAGAAAAUCUAAAAUUCUGUGCGUCCAGGUUACGACCUGGUGCCAAAGUAAACGUUCUCGAAUACCUUUAUAUAAAUAUCUGAACAAAAGGGGUGUAUUGUUUAAAAUAACGCGCGCCACAUUUUAUUAAUCGUACUAAUGAUAAUUGGCGCGCUCAUACUAAACAAGCUAUAUGAAUUAUUAUAUCAAUCAAUAGCUAUUUUGGAUGAUUUUUAAAACACCAGAUAUACAUCGUAUAUCGUCAAUAUAUUCAUCUAAAUAACCUUCAAAAAAAAAUACCAUGGACUUUUCUUGCAUUCUCCGCAUUUUAUCCUAUUAAGUGUAUUGUGCGAGAUUUAAAAUCAAACUAGAUCGCUUUCCCCAGCUAGAUGCUUAUAACCAAUCGCAUUGCGGCGCUUGUCACAUCACGUCGCAAUGCCACAAUGUGAUUGGUCGGCGCGAUUUCGUCGAUUUAUCGAUUUGCAUGAUGAUGCACAAUGCAUCCAUGCAUAUUUUUUGCGAUAUAUUCGCUGUCUGGUGUUAGAAGUCAACCAUGUUCAUGUAUUUAGAUAAGAUUUUGCAUUGGUACGGGUCUUACAUCACAGAUUUUGGGCGAUAGCGACAAUUCGGCUUUGUAAUAUUUGUGGUUAGCACGUAUAUAAGGCAGCGCCAUCUAUCGUAUUUCAAAGGAACUAUAAUUUUUUCUUAUUUAUUUGUUUUCUUUUAGAGUUCAAUGUGCCUUUGAUGCAGUAAGCUGGCAAGAAACUCACAAUGUUACUUUAGAAUCGUGUUUGUAAAUUAUUGAGAUUUUUUGUGAUAUUUUUUAAUUCGCCGCACAUAUUGUUUUUAUUGUAUUUUAAUUUAAUUGAAUAAGUUUUAGUUUUUACAUAUUUCACUCUUUUCACAUUUACAAGGAUUUUUUUUAAUGAAGUAAAGAAUUAAAUUUUUUUUUUAAAGUUUUCUUGGUUCGAAAACCUACACUAAGUGCGAGUUUUUAGCUUAACGCAGAUUUCUAUGGCAUCGAAACAGCGCCACCUGGUGGCAAAGUUUAUUUACAAGAACCCGCGCCACGAGCUAUUCUGAUGGAAUCUCAAUGCGUUGUCGUUUUUUCAUCUUGAUACAAAAAAAAAAACUAAGUUUUGAACUCAGUAUAACACAAAUGUAGUUCAAUAUAAAUUAUUACAAGUAUUAUUAUAGAUUAUGUAAUGUAUGUAAGUUAAGGCGGGCCCAGCUUUGUUAUAUUUCUUUUGUUAGAUGUCGCUAUCGCUCCUACUAGAUCCCGUGUAAGCCUUUAAUUAGUGAAAUUAACAUUAGAAUGUAGUUCUGGAAUAUUCUCUUUAAAUAAGUCUAUGGUUAAGAAUGUCCCAGUGGGGCUGAACAUCGUCAUUUGUUGCAAAAAAAAAAGAAAAAAAAAAUGUUGAUGUUGGUAUGGAUGGGAAUUUCGAAAAAGCUUUAUAAUCAGUUUGUGACUGUGUUCGGAUAUUAUAAUUUAAUACAAGGAUUGAAUUAAUAGUAAUAUUCCCAGUAAAUCGGAGAUUUGAGACGAUUUUGCCCAUAGAUUAAAAAAAAAAUCGGGAAAGUCUCGUUUUAAAUCAUGCUCAAUCCACAUCUAUCAACAUAUUCGGCAUUCAAUAAUCGGAAUAUACUUUAAAGUUUGUUUCUCGUAAGUAUUUUGUUAUAUUUUGUCCCUAAAUAUAUGGACGGUUUUGGAAAAAAUAUAAGUUUUUAUAUUAAAUCAAAUCGAAACUUUAUUUCUGGCAAAAUCUAUUAUAGCAAUUGUAAUGUCGACUAAGAUUUACCUUAUUUUACCGUGAUUAUAUUAAGUAUUAAUAAAUUAAGUUUAAUGUAUUUUCAGAAAGACAUUUUGUGUUGUUCAUAAAUUAUAUCUAAACCACUCCGUAUAUAGAUUUAAAUUGUAGUGUACACAGAAAGGGUUUACGCCCAAUAUUCCAGUGUCCAGUAUGGGUUUGCACACACAACUUUUUGACAAAACACUGGGAAAUUAUAGGGUAUAAACCCGUCUAUGGGUGUAGCGAUCACCUUGACAUUAAUGUCGUAAGGACAAUAGCUUUUGUUCUAAGCAUAUGUAGGUUCGGAGUGACUGCAUUGCAUGAGUUGGAAGUCACAGGCCGCGCCGGUCCAACUCAUUAGUGUUUUGUAUAAGUAGACGGCUAAGUAUAUCGAGUGGACUUUUUUAUCCUCAUCCAGUUAAUUUGCUGUAUUUUAUCCUUUUACUACCAUAAAGUUUAACUUAUAAUUUGAUUGAUGUUAUUAAAAUAUAGCAAGAAUAUCCGAGAAAUAAAGAAGCAUUAUUAUUUUUAAGGCACAAAAUAAAAAACAACAUAUAAAAAAAUCUGCAGUUUUGUUUCUUAGUAAAAAUAAGGCGUCUUAUUUUUUCGGGUAUAAUUUAACAUUUUAUAUUCUCUGGUGGUGAGGUUUAAUAAGUCCAUUCUGUAAGUACAUAAGAAACUGUAUUCAACGCUAAAGGUAAGGUGUAAAUUGUAAUUCUUUAUUUGCACAAAAUUAGUAAGGUAUAUUUUAUUCUAGUAACUUUUUUGAAUGCGUAUUUUUGUUGUAUACCAAUUGAAACUUAGCAUAUUUAUCUUAAACCUUUCAGCAUUGACAGUCUGUCUGUAAAUAGUUCAAAACGGGUAAUGAUCUAUAUUUUUGCCAUUGCUACUUUGGAUAGUCAAUAUUGAUUGGUGAAACACCCAGUAUUGCCAGUCAAGAAGACACAGCGAUCAUUUAUUUUCUACUAUUUAUAUGCAGACCAAUUUGUUGACGCAGCCUAUUUUUUAAUCGUUUUAAGCGCAAUUUACCAGCUGAUACUUGGUAUAAAACAUAGAUACGCACUUUAUUCGGUUUUCUGUUUCCUAAAUUAUCGUUGUAUAUCUAGUAAUCGAUGUUAGAAAUUAAAGAAGCAAUUCUUAUUAUCUGUGUGAUCGUAUAAAUAAACUAGACACUUGUAA